GCAUAUAAAAAUAAUAAUAAAAAAAGGAAAUUUUACAAGCAACAGCUGAGAACUUGACAAAAUGAUAUAAAAUAAUAAUUUACAAGUCGCUCAAACAAGGAAAAUGCACUAAAACCCAAGCUGAAGUGAAAAACCUUAACUAUAAGAAAAAGAAAAAGAUUGAAAAAAAAACACACACACUCUUUGGGUUGUAAGCACAAACAAAGAAAGCAAAGUAAGAUAGGAAAGCAACAAAGAAGAGGAGAAAACAAAACAUUAUAAAACUAUUGCAGCUAAGGGCAAACAAUAAAACAUAUACUCGCCAUAUUGAAAAUAAAAAAGAAAAAACUAAUUGAGAAUUUUUGUAAAAUUAAGAGAUAUUAAGCAACAGCAGCAACAAAAACUGAACUAGAGACAAUGUAAGCCACGAAAAAAGGAAAAACUGUAUAACAAAUUGCAAAGAGAAAAGCGGAAAGUAACGAAAGGAUUAAAACAAAUAUACGCAACGUCAACAGCAAACACCGAAGAGACUAUGAAAAAUGCGCAACUGAAGCUGAGUGAAGUUGAUGAUGAUGCGCUGUGGCUGCAGCAGCAACAGCAACAACAACAACAACAGCAGCAGCAGCAACUGGCUUUUAGAUUAGCACACCACAGCAACAACCAACUUACUCAACAGCAACUAAGGAGCUUAAGUACAAAACACCACAGAAGCAGCAGCAGCAGCAGCAGCAACAGCAACAAAAACAACACAGCAUUAGCAACAGCAGCAGCAAUAACAAAAAACCCACAGCAUGUAGUCAGCGUGUCCAGGGACAGCGCCCGUUUAUAUAAUGCAAGGGCCUUGCAGCAGCAGCAGCGGCAGCAACAGCAACAGCUAGACAGCAACAUGUUGUCAGCGGCCAGAGCCGGCAGAAAUCAAGCAACACAUACAAACAUAAGACUGUGCGUACGCAAGCGGCAAAGAUUACGUCGGCGUCGAAAAAGAAAAUCAACAGCUGCAGCAGCAGCAGCAGCAGUGACAGCAGCAGCAACAUUUAGCAAUAGCAAAAGCAACAGCAAUCAAAGCACCACAGCAACAUAUUGGCUAGAGCGCAGCAGUAACAGCAACAGCAUAAAUUUAUUUCAUGGCCUUUGGCCAAUUAGUGUUGGCAUUGUACUGCAACUGUUGCUGCCGGCGCUGAGGUUGUGGCAAAUGCAGCUGCAGCUGCAACAGCGAGCUGCAACAGUGCUUAGAGCCAUUGCUAACAGCGCCACCGCCAUUAUUUCCUAUGCAAAUGCCAUUGGGCUGCAGCUGCUGCACAGUUGGAAGCGCAGCAGAAAUAGCAACAGCAACAGCAUCAACAAUAACAGCAGCAGCAGCAGCAGCGCCACACUUCUAAUCAACGGACUUAAUAAACACUCAUGGAUAUUUUUAUUGAUAUAUUUGAAUUUAUCUGCUAAAGUUUGCCUAGCAGGAUAUCAUGAAAAGAGACUGUUACAUGAUCUAUUGGAUCCAUAUAAUACACUAGAACGUCCGGUUCUUAACGAGUCGGACCCGUUACAAUUAAGCUUUGGUUUAACUUUAAUGCAAAUUAUCGAUGUGGAUGAGAAAAAUCAAUUGCUGGUCACGAACGUGUGGCUAAAACUGGAGUGGAACGAUAUGAAUUUGCGCUGGAAUACCUCCGACUAUGGCGGUGUUAAGGAUCUGCGGAUACCGCCGCAUCGCAUCUGGAAGCCGGACGUACUGAUGUACAACAGCGCUGACGAGGGCUUCGAUGGCACCUACCAGACGAAUGUGGUGGUGCGCAACAACGGCUCCUGCCUGUACGUGCCACCGGGCAUCUUCAAGUCAACAUGCAAAAUCGACAUCACGUGGUUUCCCUUUGAUGAUCAGCGCUGCGAAAUGAAGUUCGGCAGUUGGACCUAUGAUGGAUUUCAGCUGGAUUUACAAUUACAAGAUGAAACUGGCGGUGAUAUCAGCAGUUACGUGCUCAACGGCGAGUGGGAACUACUGGGUGUUCCCGGCAAACGCAAUGAGAUCUACUACAACUGCUGCCCGGAACCGUAUAUAGACAUCACAUUUGCCAUUAUCAUACGACGACGUACAUUGUACUAUUUUUUUAAUCUGAUUAUACCCUGUGUGCUGAUUGCAUCCAUGGCUCUGCUGGGAUUCACCCUGCCGCCGGAUUCGGGUGAAAAGCUGUCGCUGGGCGUUACGAUUUUGCUCUCGCUGACCGUGUUCCUCAAUAUGGUUGCCGAGACAAUGCCGGCCACCUCAGAUGCCGUGCCUCUGCUAGGUACAUAUUUCAAUUGCAUAAUGUUUAUGGUAGCUUCAUCCGUUGUGUCAACGAUUUUAAUAUUAAAUUAUCAUCAUCGAAAUGCUGAUACGCACGAAAUGUCCGAAUGGAUACGCAUCGUAUUUUUAUGCUGGCUGCCAUGGAUAUUGCGCAUGAGUCGACCGGGACGACCGCUGAUAUUGGAAUUCCCGACAACGCCCUGCUCGGAUACCUCAUCCGAGCGCAAGCAUCAGAUACUAUCCGAUGUUGAGCUGAAAGAGCGCUCCUCAAAGUCGCUGCUGGCCAAUGUGCUCGACAUUGAUGAUGAUUUUCGGCACAAUUGUCGCCCCAUGACGCCCGGCGGAACACUGCCACACAAUCCGGCAUUCUAUCGCACGGUUUAUGGGCAAGGCGACGACGGCAGCAUUGGGCCAAUUGGCAGCACACGAAUGCCCGAUGCGGUCACACAUCAUACGUGCAUCAAAUCAUCAACAGAAUAUGAAUUAGGUUUAAUCUUAAAGGAAAUUCGCUUUAUUACUGAUCAGCUACGUAAAGAGGACGAGGACAAUGACAUUGCCAAUGAUUGGAAAUUUGCAGCUAUGGUCGUUGACAGACUGUGCCUUAUCAUAUUCACAAUGUUCACAAUAUUAGCCACAAUAGCUGUACUACUAUCAGCACCACAUAUUAUUGUCUCGUAGCCAUAUGGGCGAGGUGGUUAUUGUUAUUGGUUUUAUUAUAAAAUCAAUUUGUUAAUUAUUAAAUUAAUAACGAAACUUUUUAAGUAAAUUUAAAAACAUUUAAAAAAAACCAAAAACUAAAAAAAAGCCAACAAAAAAAGAGAAAAAACACUUAUAAAAAACCAUUGACUAAAUAAUACCAAGAAAAAAUAAAAAAAAAAAACAUUAAAAACAAUAAUUUAAACACAAAAUGAAUCUCGUUUAAACAAAACACAAAAGAGACUUAAAAAAUACAUAAACUAAAUUUGAUUACAUAUUUUAAAUUCCAAAACAAAAACUAAAAAUAACCCUUAACCCAUAAAAAAACAUUUCCAAACCGCAAAUCCCAAACCAAGUAAUUAAGUUUCUUCCAUUUAGUAUAUUUAAAAAACUAACAAAAAAAAAAACAAAAAAAAAUGAAAGACAAGUAUGACACGGGUAUAUUUUCUUUAAAGAUUUGUAUAUUUUACACUUUAGGGGCAAUUUUUCACAAAACAGAUGAAAAAUUGUCCAGGUUUUUGUGGUAAACUUCAAAGAAAUUGCAGUAUUACAUAAAAAUGUUUCGAAGACUUCGAUUUUAUACGCUCAAUUUCAUUUGAUAGUAUUGAGCUUUAUAAAGGGAAAUACAUAGUAGAAAUUAAAUGGAUCCAAAUGGUAGGCGAAACCCAACGUUUUUUUAUGCUGGCUCUCCAGCAAGAUUCUUAGAAGUACUGAGUCCAAGCAAACCAAAAAACCAAAAAUGAAAAACUUCUUGAGCAUAUUAUUCAAGUCAGUUUAUGUAGCUUUUCCAGAUUCAGAUUUUUCUCAUAAGAACAUCAAUUCCAAAUAAAAAAUAAAAUAAAAUAAAAACUUAAGGAAUUGCAUGAUUUAAGAAUAUAAGAUUAGAGUCCCAUACUUAGAACAAACUGCAUUUCUAAACAGAACCAAUAUGACGACCUACAUAUCCAAACAUUUGUACGUAAACACCUCCUAAAUCCCUAAAAAAAAAAAACCAAUUUAUUUUCAACUUAAAAACCGAGCAAUAAAAAAAAAACCCUAUCCCAAA